UGCCUUUUUUCACUCACUGCACUAAAUGGCUGUUAUCCCUCUAAUGUGUUGUUUUUAUUAAAACUGGUCGUGAAUAACAAUAAUGCUGAAAAAAAAUCCCUGCCUUUUAUUCAGCUCAUCGUGAUUUUCCUUCGUCUUCUGGAUUCCCGAAUGUAGUCAAGGCUUUAGAAUGCUGGAUAAGUUGUCUUUUUUGUUAUAGAAAUAGAAAUAAAACUAAGAAACGUGGUGACAGUUACCGUUUACUGGUGCCCAUGCCUUGCAUUCCUCUUUAAUGAGAUAUCUUGGAUCCAACGAAAGACACAGUCCUCGGUUUUGUGACGUGUUAUGAAAAUUUGGACAAGAGGAGACUCCAUAUUAGCAAUACUGUAGGCCUGUCUGGCGUAAGUGAUCCAUCUUUUCUAUGAACUUGAUUUGUCUUUCGGUCAGCUCCAAUUUCAUCCAAGUGACUGGACCGAUGGGCAGAUUCAGAAUAUAACGGAUCCGAAAGGUUCCAUUAAAUUUGCUCUGCCUUUGUUGUGGCAUUUUGUUCAACUUGUACAAAACAGACGUGUCUCUAAUUAAAGCUAGCACAAUGGUUUGAUUUUUUACCUAUCUGUUACCACACAGGAAUACAAGGUAAUGUCGGGAAAAGAACUUUUUGAGAUAUGCCCAUUUUCUGAAAGAGUAGAUUUCGCAGAUACCAGACUUUUCAUAUUUUCAAAAUAUCUUUGUUGUUUGUUUGUUUGUUUGUUUCACAUUUAGGCAAUUGGAUGGGAGUGUUUUAAAGACAACAACCACUCGAAAAUUAGAACUUAUCAAGUGUGCAUUAACAUUUGAAAACUAUUUUACAACGUUCGGGACAAUAAGUAAAACUAUUCAAUUUCACCUAUACAGACACCAUUUGGAGAAAAUCUUUGAAACGGGAGUUUUAAAAAAUAUUGAAAACUUAAUUUGCAGUGUUUGCUCAUUUUUCACAUGUGAUCCGAAAUCAUUAAAAUAUGUUUAAACAGUGCAACCUAAACAUAUCCCAGGCUUUCAUAGUAUCCUUUGUUAUGAAAAUAAACACCUUAGGUCAUCCAUUGCCCCCAGGUUUGGCAUUAUCAUUCAGUGCGCAGCCUCCCAGCCCUUCAGAGGGCACUCUCUACCUGGCCAACGUGUGCGACCAGUCACAGGAGUUCGUGAACGUCCGGCUUUCCGCAGGAACGACAAUCUGUGUGUACGUCUCGGGGACUACGGGCGGAUAUAACAUAGCCAAGAAAAUCUGUCAAGAAAAAGGAAGUCACUUGUACGGCGUCCAGACAUUAGCCAAGUACCAACUGUUCCGGGACAUAGUGACAAUGUAUCCCGGCCUCUACCUGCUUGGGUUGACGGAUCUGGCCAAGGAGGGAACGUGGAGAUGGGAUGUAGACGGCACAGUGGUGACUAAAGAGAUUUGGGAUAUCUUGUGGUUAAAAGGAGAACCAAGCCGCGGGAGAAAUCAGGACUGUGCGGUCGCUUACAAACCAGACACCAAGAAUAGAUUCAAUGACGUCCAAUGCUCCAUGAGAACAUAUAUCAAUUUCAUCUGCGAGAAAUAUCCUACAUUAGGCUCUUGGGACAACAAACGUAGUAUGGUGCUCUAAGAAUUUUACGGGUGUACCGAGUAAUAAUCAAUCAAAUCAUAACAUAAGAAUACACUUUUUGUCCCUCUGUCUUUGUCUAUCAAUCUAUCCACCACUCAAACCCGCACACUCACACGCUGGCGACAUCCUUCCUUCUAGAAGAGCACAACUUCUAUGCUCUUCCAGUCUUCAGUCUCAAUCAACUUCAUCUCACGGAUACUGAGAGCUACCACGAGCAACCAGUAGAGGUUUCAGAGAUGAUGAGCGUGAGUAUAUACCAUUAUCAUUAUCAUCAUCAUCAUCA